GCCUGUUGGCAUUCUCAAACGAACGCGGAUGAAUCCCAUUGCGCUUGAUGAAACUCCUGUCAGCUGCGAAUUCUACCAGAAAAGCCACAGGCCAGCCUUCAUCUACUAUCAGCUGGCACCCAAUGGCUCCAAGAUUGAGGUCCAAGCUCAGGCUGAUGCCAAUGGCCUAUGCUACUUUCCGGAAGCGUCCCAGACUCAGUGUUUGAGGCUCAGGGUGUCUGGAAGCUCAAGCGACGAUUCUGGCCUCCAAAAAAGCGGUCAAAUCAGCACAGCAUAGCACGGCUUUAAAGGUUGAGCGCAUAUUCUGGCCGCACAUGUACCGUUCCAAACAUCCAUGGAUGGCCGCAAAUGUCGGUCACGGUUUGGACCCGUUUUCGUGUUCGACCCGAAACCUGUGUCAGUUCUUGGGAGGGUCAAGGCCUUUCGGCAACCCCCUGGCUGGUUGCUGUGCCAUGUGUCGGUGUGACUGCUUCGCCCUGAGACGAUCCACUGAUGUCCGAGCGGAGCGGAGCGGAGCAGGGUCGACCAAUGCUUACAUAAAAUGGCCUUGGCCAGCAAUCCCACGUAUGGAUAGCGGAUAGCGAUUUGAUUGCAAGGUGGUAUUUCCGGGUUUCUUUGCAGGAAUGAUUGCUUGAAGGAUAAAUUACAUUAUGAUCCAAGCUCCUUGGAGGGAAGACCGAAGAAUCGUCAUCGUUCAACAGUUUCUUGAGCAUGUUUGUCGUUGGCAUCUGAAGAGCGGCUUCAGGAGCUGCGAGUUGUCCAACUUCAGCUGCUGCUCGUUGUCCGAGAGCAUGCACACAGCUGCCGAGUUCGGCACGAUGAUCAAUGUCCAGAGUUGUUUGGUGUGUCUAGUACUUCCAAUGGUUUGCUUGGUCUGCAUUGCCAGACUACGAAGAAGACAGGAAGCUCAGCAAGCUCUUGAAGACGAGGAAACAGAUGAGGACCAGGAAGAGGAAGAGUCGGAAGAAAUGAACCAGGCCAUGAGGGGCCUUGAGUGCGAGACCAGCGCUGGUGAGGCCGAGACUGGUGAGGAGGCCGAGCCGUGCUGGAGGAAUGGGCUGAGGGUGCUUCUCCGCGUGCUUCUUGUCAUCGGAUUUGCAGCCGAGUUGAUGAUGCUCACCUUCACAGCCCGAAUCACCCAGAAGCUGUUGGAUGUGCCCAUGAGGAAUUCGAUGAUGGCUGGAGAGGCAUUCUUGAUGCCAGUGCGUGAGAUUUUCCAAUUCCUCGAGGAUGUAGUGACUGUCAAGAUCAUGGCUGCUGUUAGGGCAGGCUCACUCGCAGCUGUUCGACCCAUCCUUUCACUGGGAGUCCUAGGAGGAGCUUUGUGUGGCGUGGUUGCUGCAUUGUGCAUCACCGCCAUCUUAAGUUGGCCUGCGGCGCUGAGGUGGUUGCUGGCUCCCUAUGCCAUGCACGAGGAUUCAUUGGCCUGCCCCCUUGUUCCGAAGGCAUGCAGGGCGGCCAAGAUGUAUCUUCUGCUUAGUGCCUGGUGUUGGCCAGCCAACUUUGUGUCGAUGGGUCUGCGCGGACUCUUCCUCGGGCUCAACGAGUGGUCCACCUUGGGGCUGUCCAUUCUGGUUCCAAAUGCCAUCCAGAUCGUCUUGCUGUUUAUGAUCUUCAUCCCCGAUCCAUCUCUAGACGCUUUGGGCUUGAUUGCGAUUGUGGGUGCCUAUGGCUCGCUUUUGAUCUUGUUGGUGAUUCUCCUGCUGCGGCGGGGGUUCCGCGAGCAGUACAACUUGACCUUGGGCUCUAGCGAGGUAAAGCCGGAUGAGAUGACAGCCUCGGUGUCCUGGCGUGAGGCUUCGAGGGAAGGCUUCUAUGCCAUGCUGUUAGAUGUGGCGGCCCAAUCCUCCAUCACCGUGGGCAUCUAUACGGGAGGAGCCAUGCUGGGGAUCGGAGCCAUGUACCAAAUCGCAGCCUUGCAGGCGGCCUUCCCGCAGUAUGGCCUUCAGUACAUCAUUGGCGUAACCUAUGCUUUGCGCUUGCAGGGCACACGCUUGGUGGCGGCUGAAGAGUACCAGGCAUUCAAGGGUCUCUUUCGUGGCACAGUCAUCUAUGGCUUGUUGUUGGCGCUGGUGGCCGCUGCGACCUUGAUCCCAUACCGGGUCCCGAUCGCCUUUCUUCAGGCACGGCAGGCCUGUGAAUAUGCAUCCUCCUUGGAGUGUACCAAGAUCUUCACCUCAGUCUUCGGUGGCGGAGAUGCAACAGGAGGCACCUUGCAAGGCUCAGCAAUGUGGAUCUUUGUGCCAAUUCUGAUUGCCCGGUGUUUCUACCAGCUCUACAAGGCUGGGCUCUAUGCUUGCCUUGACUGGAGCUUCAUGGCCCGCACUGGCGUUUCCUCGUUCCUUCUGGUGUUCCUACCCGCCAUUUGUGCAGCGGUUUUUUAUUUCCAGACUGUCUUGUCUAUUUUUCUGGCGAUGUACUUGCCGUUGCUGGUCAUGGCCAUCACUUUUAUGUGCCGAACGAGGCGAAACAUUAAGCGCAUGCUUUCUGAUCGAAGCGGACCUUGGCGAAAGGAACUCUAAAAA